CACUGCCCAGGCCCCCCUGCUGUCCUCAUCCAGAACUCUCCCUUCGAUUUUCAGGCCUCCACGCCAUGUGUGCCACUCGGCUAGCGGCUGUGGCCCAGUCCUCCGUGCACGCCUUCUCGGCGCGCCCGCUGGCAGGCGGGGAGCCUGUAAGUCUGGGCUCCUUGCAAGGCAAGGUGCUGCUCAUCGAGAAUGUGGCGUCCCUCUGAGGCACCACGGUCCGGGACUACACCCAAAUGAACGAGCUGCAGCGGCGCCUCGGGCCCCGGGGCCUUGUCGUGCUCGGCUUCCCGUGCAACCAGUUUGGACAUCAGGAGAACGCCAAGAACGAAGAGAUUCUGAGCUCCCUUAAGUACGUCCGACCCGGCGGCGGGUUCGAGCCCAACUUUACGCUCUUUGAGAAGUGCGAGGUGAAUGGCGCGAAUGCGCACCCGCUCUUCGCCUUCCUGCGGGAGGCCCUGCCGGUGCCAAGUGACGAUAGCACUACGUUCAUGACCGACCCCAAGUUCAUCACCUGGUCUCCGGUGUGCCGCAACGACGUUGCCUGGAACUUUGAGAAGUUCCUGGUUGGCCCUGAUGGUGUGCCUGUGCGCAGGUACAGCCGCCGCUUUCAGACCAUCGACAUCGAGCCCGACAUUGAAACCCUGCUGUCUCAGGGGCCCACCUGUGCCUAGGGCGCCUCUCUUCCCUGGCUGCCGCAGUGCUACUCCCUGUGGGGGUUUAAUCCAUGAUAGUGUUUCUCUAAACCUGAAUGGAGGAACACUUGAUGUCCGAGAAAAUCCCCUGAGAUGGGUGCUGGUCCUGUCCAUCCCAACCUCCCCUGUGCCAGACCAAGUCGAGUUUACCCACUAAUAAAGUGCCGGUUGUCAACGGAA